AUGAAGUUCGUGUACAAAGAAGAGCAUCCCUUUGAGAAGCUCCGCUCUGAGGGCCAGAAGAACCUAAAGAAAUACCCGGACCGGGUGCAGAUGAUAGUAGAAAAAGCUCCCAAAGUUCGGAUAGGAGACCUGGACAAAAAGAAAUACCUGGUGCCUUCUGUUCUCACAGUUGGUCAGUUCUACUUCUUGAUCCGGAAGCGAAUUCAUCUCCGAUCUGAGGAUGCCUUGUUUUUCUUUGUCAACAAUGUAAUUCCACCCACCACGAUGGGUCAACUUUACCAGGAACAUCAUGAAGAAGAGUUCUUUCUGUACAUUGCCUAUAGUGACGAAAGUGUCUACGGUCUGUGAAGCUGCUCCCCCUGAGCUGGAGGGGGCUCUCAUUCUACAAAGAGAGAGGUGGCCCCCCUUUUUUGACUUCCUCCCCUUCAACCUCAAAUACCACCUCCCUUAUUCAGGACCGGCACUUCUUAAUGUUUGAGGCUUUCUCUCCAGCCUCUCUUAGGAGGGGUAACGGUGGAGUUGCCAUCUUGUACCUCUCCCUUCUCCUUUCUUCCCCUUUCUUUGCCUGCCUUUCCCAUGCUGC